AUGGAGAUAGGAACGGGCGACCUGGUGUGGCUCAUCGUGUGGGGCAGCCUCUACAUUCUCGUGUGGCUCUUUCAAAUUAUCCGAUACCGAUGCUGCAGAUGGCGGCUCUUCUCGUCGGCCGAUGACGAGGAGCCCCGGCCGACCUACUGGCAGAAGCUCAAGCACGACCACUUCGUGCUGGGCAUCUUCUUCGUCCACCCCGACGACCCCUUCACCCGAUCGGCCCGCAUCUUCAUCUGGGCCUUCAAUUCGGUGAUCGUGCUCACCCUCACGUCGAUCCAGUUCCACAAGGAGGGCUGCAUCGAGGAGCAGAGCAUCAACUGGUCCAUCAACUUCAUCGUUCGCGUUGUGCAAGGCGCCGUCACCUCCAUGCUCCUUGUCUGGCUCUUCCGAUUCGACUCCAUCCUCAAGCGAGCGCGCCAGCGCAGCGUCCAGCCCUGUUGCCUCUACGACCUGUGCGCCCUGGCCACGCUCGCCAUCGUCCUCCCCAUCCUCCUCUACUUCUGCUCCGAUUUCUACCAUCAGUGCGACGUGAGGUUCGUCAUGCUGAAGUGGGCCAUCGCGCUGCUGAUCGAGUACGUCAUCUCGCAGCCGAUCAUGGUGUGGGUCGAGAUGCACCUCCUUCACAAGUACGACGUCUUCAUCCCGCGCAACGGCGGCUACGUCGACCCGGAGAGCCCUCGAGAGAUGCUUCAGCCCUUCCCAGAAGACGAUGAUGACUACGACGACGUCGGCCUGCGUCGCUACCUCACCUCCGAGCGUACGCCCCUCAAGCGCGAUCUCCCCUACGCUUGA